AUGACUAUAUGCUCUCUAUGUCUCCCAGCCUUGGUGGUCCCAACACCGCUACCGACACUACAAAGGUCUGGCGUUGGCUCCCUCCAUCCUUGUGCUAUACCAUUUGUUCGCAUCCACGGCGAUGACGAUGAUGCACCCGCUAUUGACCAAGUUGGGUUACUCCAUCAUUCCAGCCUUGAUUCACUCUCCCUUUCAGCAGAGAACUGCCCGCUUUGCAGAGUCAUCUUGCAAAAGAUUGAAAAGUUCAUCCAAGAUUUUAAACAGAUGGAGCAGAGUGCCUACGAUAGAGCCUGGUGGAUUGAUCACCUAGGCCAUGCUCUUCCGACUAAGUGGACCCUCAGGUUGGUCCAACGUGUUGAUGGGGCGGAUGGCUUCGUGGUCGUUGCAAGUAGCAAGAACGAGAAGUACCUCUACAUGAUUGACGUUUUUGGGUUCUGCGUCGAAUCAGAAGAGUCAAUGUAUUCGAUUUCGAAUUUAUCGGACCGCAGAACAUCGGUUACUGGACGAGUUCGCGGGGCUCGAGUUGAUCCCAAUGCUGGGUCUGGGAGAACCCUGGACGUGGUUGCUGGCUGGAUACACAACUGUGCGUCUAGCCACGACGGCUGUCGCCCCCCUCAAAAUUCACCUCCCUCCCGACUUCUUGAUCUGGACGCAUUUGAUGAUCCAAGCAAAAUACGUCUGUGGGAGACGAAAGGCACGACGAGAUCCGAUUCCUAUGUGACCCUUAGUCACUGUUGGGGAGUUGACACCUCACAUCGUGGGAAAACUACACAUGCAACACUCCCUAGUCACCUGAACACUAUCUUCGUACGGGAACUCCCUCAGACUUUCCAAGAUGCAAUCAACGUCACACGCCAUCUUGGCAUACGCUUCCUCUGGAUCGAUUCCCUCUGCAUUUGCCAAGACGAUCCUGAUGACUGGGCCAGAGAGGCUGCUGCUAUGCAGCGAGUCUAUGCCGGAGCAUUCUUAACCAUCUCCGCGGACGGCGCGCCAGGGUCUGUUCAUGGGUUCCUCCAAAGGGGGGCACGAAGGCAUGUGCCCAUAACGUUGAAAGUUACUCCUGACAACACCGGCUCAGCCACUGUAACAACACCGAAAGAAACCAACGUACCAGCGUAUGUCUUUGAGACCCCCGCCUGGAAAACAUUCAAGAAGCGAGUUUUACUCGCGUUGAUGGGUCAGCCUCUAUCAUCCCGGGCCUGGGCUAUGCAAGAACGCCUCCUUUCCCAUCGCGUGUUGCAUUUUACGAGUGAGCAACUCUUUUUUGAAUGCAACUGCCACUUUCUAUCUGAAGAUGGCAUCGCAAUUUUGGGCCGUUGGAAUUCUUUAGAUCCGGGGUAUGAUAAAACAUUAGAUAUAUCUCACCUAUCCAGGGUUCCCGCCAUUCACCAUAUGUGGGGCUUGAUAUUGGAGGAGUUUACUACACGACAACUCACGGUCAAGACCGAUUGGUUCCCAGCUCUUUCAGGGUUAGCGGCUGAAAUCAAGAGCAAGUUGAGCGCUGAUGCGGCGUGGAACAGGGCACUGGAUAACCCUCAGGAUGUCGAAUACGUCGCAGGCCUGUGGAGCGACACAUUGGUCAAAGGGUUGGGCUGGGCAGCUUUUAAUCGAAUGCAAGAAGGCAUCGCUUUUCCAGAUGAGCGACCUCUGCCAGGAGACAAAGGAUACAUUGCUCCAACGUGGAGCCCGGCUUCAUUCGACAGGCGUUCAGUUCACAACACCGCUGGCGACUGGACUGACAUUGCAGUUGUUACUGGCUACAGCGUGACACCCAAGACUGUUCAAAACCCACUUGGCGAAGUGGUGGAUGGUUGGAUCAGCCUGCAAGCUCCCUUGGUGAGAUUGGAGCAAUGUGAGCCGCCAGACACUUAUGAGGAUGUCCGGAGUGGCUGGACGCAGUUUAUCAGGCUACGCACGCCCCAUAGUGACCGACAUGGGUCCGCUGUGGAUUUCGAUGGGCUUGGACGCCACACCGCUGAGACACGCUCCUGGGUUGAGGAGAAUGAGAUAUUUGCAUUAUUUCUAUCCGAGUCCAGGUGUAAAGAUGAUAGAUCUUACAGGGCGCUGGUAGUCACGCCUGUCAGCCCAGAGAAACGAGUAAGGGCUGAGCGGAAGGAGUUUCGUAGGAUCGGAUGCAUUUAUUUCGAUUCAGAUGAUGUGGAUAACAAAGAGAUAAUUCAUGAUCUGCAGAGGGUUGAAGAGAUAGUCUUAGUCUAG